GCUGAUGGACGGGAGGGGAGGGAGGAGAAGAUCCGACGCAGAGGAGAAAGUUGUGGGUGAAGUUGUCGGGAGAAAAAGCCGGUGGUGAGGUUUUCAAAAGUGUAGACGAGAGAAGAAGAAGCAGCAGCGAAGAGGAAGAGGAGGAAGCCAGACGGAGGGGAUUAUAGAGGAGGAGACGCUGCUGCUGCUGCCGCCGCUGGAGGAGGAUUUACUCUGAAUGAAACACAAAGGCCGGCCGAGAACUUAGAGAUGAUGUCGUUCGGCUGUGAUGUCAUCGUGGUGUCGCUCCCCGCCUCGCGACUCGGAGGCGUCGGUGUGGUCUGAUUGGCGGCUGCUCUCGGCCGCUGACAUCCCGGGCGCGUGGUGCGAGAGUGGGGCGGGAUCAUGGCGAGCUACCUGCUGUGCUGGGGGGGCGGGGCUCUGGAGGACAGGUACCUGUACGCCCCGCCUUACCCGGCCGUGUACAGGGAGCGUCCGGUGAACCGGCCGCCCGAGCUGCUGUACCCGCAGGCCGACGUGGCGGAGCGACUGGCGCUCGGCGGCAGCGAUGACGCGCUCGCCAACGGCACCAAGCCCGACCUGCAGGCCGCCAAGCGCCUCGCCAAACGCCUCUACAGCCUGGACGGCUUCCGGAAGUCUGACGUCGCUCGACACCUCAGCAAGAAUAAUGAGUUCAGUCAGAUGGUGGCCGAGGAAUAUCUCUGCAACUUUAACUUCAGCGGUAUGACCAUCGACCAGGCGCUCAGGACGUUCCUGAGACAGUUUGCUCUGAUGGGAGAGACUCAGGAGAGAGAGAGAGUCCUCGCUCACUUCUCCAGGAAGUACCGGCAGUGUAACCCAGAGAGCCUCAACACAGAAGACAGCGUCCACACUCUGACUUGUGCCGUGAUGCUGCUCAACACGGACCUUCAUGGAAACGUGAGUCUGCCUUUAGUCCUGACGAGCCGCCGGUCGGUUCGAGUCAUCCACUCGACGGGCCGCAUGCGGUCGCGGUCGCUGUGCUCGGUCCGGAGCGGCCGGGACUCGAGGGACACCGACCCGUUCAGGUAUCCCAGAACCCCUCGCUCGCGAUCCCUCAAACCGCUGGCCUUCCCCGACCUGCUGGGGAAGACCCAGGACGGGCAGCAGCACCCGCAGACCCGCAAGAAGAAGACGCUGUACAGCUCCAUCAAGAACGAGAAGCUGCAGUGGACCAUCGAUGAGGAGGAGCUGAGGAAGUCCAUGUCGGAGCUGGCUGACGUCCGAACAGACUCCGCCUCCCACACCAUGAAGAGGCUCGGGAGUGGUGGAAACCCGCUGGUGGGCGUCGCCCAGCAGGCCGACGGCGAGCUUUACAAGAGCGGCUUCCUGGUCCGCAAAGUCCACGCCGACCCCGACGGAAAACGAACGCCGCGGGGUAAGAGGGGCUGGAAGUCUUUCUACGCCAUGCUGAAGGGUCUGGUUCUCUACCUGCAGAAGGAUGAGUAUCGGGCAGAACGCGAGCUGACGGAGGACGACGUGAAGAACGCCGUGUCCAUCCAUCACUCUCUGGCCAUGAGGGCUGCAGACUACAGCAAGAGGCCCAACGUGUUCUACCUGAGAACCGCCGACUGGAGGGUGUUCCUGUUCCAGGCUCCGAACGCGGAGCAGAUGCAGUCGUGGAUCACGCGCAUCAACGUGGUGGCGGCCAUGUUUUCGGCUCCUCCGUUCCCGGCGGCGAUCGGCUCCCAGAAGAGGUUCAGUCGUCCUCUGCUGCCGGGAUCCAACACCAAGCUGUCGCAGGAGGAGCAGGUCAAGUCUCACGAGAACCGGUUCAGGGCGGUUUCCUCCGAGCUGGCCGACCUCACGGCCUCCACGCCGGACCGGAAGGUGAAAGGUCGCGAGCUGGAGGAGCAGAAGCUGCGACAGGAGUACCUGGAGUUCGAGAAAACCCGUUACGGUACGUACGCCAUGCUGCUUCGAGCCAAGCUGUCGAGCGGAGACGAGGACCUGUCGGCCUUCGAGUCCCGGCUGUUUGACGACGGCGGCCUGCAGAGGGCGCACUCCAGCCCCACGCUGCCCCAGGACACCGCCAGCAAGGAGAAGACCCGCGGCGCCAAGACGUCCAAGAGCCUAAAGGUCACGUCCUCUUCGUCCUCGACCUCCAAGUCCAGCAGCAGCGUCAAAGAGUCGAGCAAGAAGAAGAACGGCGGCGGCGGCGGGAACGCCCAGCAGCCGGAGCCGCAGAAGCAGAGCAGCAAGCAGGACGAGGCGCCGUAAGGCGGCGGCGGCAGCAUCGGGGUUUGUACGGAGCGUGUAGCUGGAGGUGGAGCAUCAUGGGUAGCAGGCCGACAUCCUCCUUUAACCUUUUCUGUUCAACCUCCUGAUUGGCUGAGAGGUCGGCGAGGAGGAAGGAGGGCGGCGAGCCGUCCACGAGUGAAGUUCGUCAUCAGUUUCUUUCUCCUCCGAUCAUCAACCUCAGCCGGACGCACCGAACACAGCCGUGAGCUUCGUUUGCGGUUUGAAUCCUUCAGUUCAGGGACUUUUUCUGGAGCGUGUCGUCGCUAAGAGACGGAGACCAAGUGUUUCAUCGCACGAACCUUCAGGACCGAGAACACUUUGUGGGAACUUCAUGUUUUUUUUGUCCCCUCGGAGCGACGAGCGCUGACCUCCUGCGUCGCUCCGCUUCUCCUAGCAACCGGCAACCGGGGAGCAGGAUGCAGGU